AUGACCAACAAUCCCAUGGACAUACCACUCACCACGACCAUCCCUCACUGCCCAGGCAUAGAUGCAGUGGACACACAGACCAGGCCACUGCUGUCAGGAAUGAGCGCGCAUGUCUUCCACAACUGGGGUCCAAGUAUAUGUCUAUUGGUGUUGGCAAUGGCCGGAUCUGGGGAAACCACCUUUCUCCAAAGGCUCGUGGGACACCUGCAUCACCAAGGCUCUCCAUCUUAUGUAAGCAACCUAUACCCAAUUGUGCAAAAAGUUCCCUUUCCUGCUAAUACUGAUAUUCGUGACACUGUGAAGUAUAAAGAAGACAUGAAACAAUACGGAUCUGAGUCCCUCCAUUACAGUGGACUUGGGCCCGGUGGUUGCAUAGUGACCUCACUCAAUCUGUUUGCUACCAGAUUUGAUCAGGUGAUGAAAUUUAUUGAGAAGACCCAGAACAUGUCUAAAUAUGUCUUGAUUGACAUACCUGGACAGAUUGAAGUAUUCACCUGGUCAGCCUCUGGGACAAUCAUCACUGAGGCCCUGGCAUCCUCAUUUCCAGCGAUUGUCAUUUAUGUAAUGCACACAUUGAGAAGUUCCAACCCAGUGACCUUCAUGUCCAGUAUGCUCUAUGCCUGGAGCAUCUUGUACAAAAUCAAGCUGCCUUUCAUUGUGGUCAUGAAUAAAACUGACAUCAUUGAUCACAGCUUUGCAGUGGAAUGGAUGUGAGAUUUUGAGGCUUUCCAAGAUGCUUUGAAUCAAGAGACUACAUAUGUCAGUAAUCUGACUCGUUCAAUGAGCUUGGUGUUGGAUGAGUUUCACAGUUCAUUAAGGAUGGUGGGUGUGUCUGCUCUUCUGGGUACAGGCUUAGACAAAGUCUUUGAGCAAGUCAUCAGAGCUGCAGAAGAAUAUGAAAGGAAGCAUCAACCUAAAUAUGAACGUUUGAAGAAAUCACUGGACAUUGCACAGAGCCAGCAGCAGAAAGAACAACUGGAACGCCUUCCGAAAGAUGUGGGCUCUGUAGCUUUGGACUCAGGUACUGCUACAGACUUAUCUCCUGUGCAGGACCCUUCCGACUUGAUCCUGACUCGGGGAACCUUGGAUGACAAGGAUGAGGAAGCAGACAGUGACACUGAUGAUAUUGACCAGAGAGGUACAGAGGAAAGUCACAAAGAGCCACCGUUCCAGAAUUUUAUGCAGGAGUCAAUGAUACAGUACUGGAAGAGAAAUAACAAAUCAUUUCUAGAAGUCCAAAAGUUUGGAAUUCUGUGGAGGAGCCAUCCUUACUUCUGA